CGUCUCGCUCCCGGAUCCCCCAGACCCGCCAACCGCCGGCCCGGCCACCGCCAUUUCGGAUCCGGGUCCGCUUGCGGUCGCGGGUCCCCGAACCCGGCCACCAUGAAGCGCGCACGCACCUCCGAGGGAUUCCUCGGCGUAUGCCGGCUGCGCGCGCGCCGGGGCCUGGCGCCGCUCCUCGCCGCGGCAGCGUUCGCCUACCUACUGCUCAUGUCCGUCAGGCUCGCUGGCCUCAGUGGCGCGGUUGGGACCACGCCUGCCGUCGUCGGCCGUCGCCUCGCCACCGCCGGCGCGGGUAAGCCGCCGCUGCGGCGGCGGGUCGACGAGCCGCCUGCGCGCGCGAGGGGCGGUACGAGCGGCGGCGGCGUCUCCCGGUACGGCCGUAUCGCCGUCCAGAUGCUCCGGCGGCAGGAGGCCGUCGGGAAGCGGCGGAAGCUGUGGGGCCGGCUUGGGAACUUCACGGAGCUGGAGCGCGUGGCGGCCAAGGCGUGGGCGCUUGGGGCCGACGCGUGGGAGGAGGCCUCCGCGUUCGCCGGUGACGUCGACGACUCCAUCGCCUCCCGCUCCCGUGACGUCGCCGGGGACGGGGAGGUCAAGUGCCCCGGCUCGGUCGAGCUCGACGCAGGCGAGACCGUGGCGUUCCUGCCGUGCGGGCUGACUGCCGGGUCGGCGGUGACGGUGGUCGGGACGGCGCGAGAGGCGCGGCCCGAGCACGUCCAGGCGCUGGUGCGGAGCGGCGGGGGCAACGGGAUGGUGCCGGUGGCGCAGUUCGCGGUGGAGCUGCGCGGCCUGCGCGCCGUCGACGGCGAGGAGCCGCCUAGCAUACUCCACCUCAACCCGCGGCUGCGCGGCGACUGGAGCGACCGCCCCGUGCUGGAGAUGAACACCUGCUUCCGAAUGCAGUGGGGCAGGGCGCAGCGCUGCCGCGGCUACCCCUCCAGAGACGAUGAUCUGGUCGAUGGAUUCAGAAAAUGUGAGAGAUGGGAGUGGCAGGACAUAGUUGAAUCGAAACAAACAAAGACAAGCUCAUGGUUCAACAGAUUCAUCGGGCGGGAAAAGAAACCAAAAAUGACAUGGCCAUUCCCGUUUUCAGAGGGGAAGAUGUUUGUUCUCACUAUCCAAGCUGGCGUUGAAGGAUAUCAUAUUAAUGUGGGAGGCCGCCAUGUUGCCUCAUUUCCUCAUAGGAUGGGAUUCACUCUCGAAGAUGCAACAGGUUUAGCCAUAACAGGGGGCAUAGAUGUUCACUCUGUGCAUGCAACAGCGCUUCCAAAGGCUCAUCCUAAUUCUUCUCUCCAACAAGCCCUGGAAAUGUCUGAAAGGUGGAAGGCUCACCCUGUGCCAGAGGAACCAAUUCAUCUUUUCAUCGGCAUCCUCUCUGCUACAAACCAUUUUACUGAGCGCAUGGCUAUUAGGAAAACUUGGAUGCAGUUUCCGGCUAUCCAAUCGGGGAAUGCAGUUGCUCGGUUCUUUGUCGCGCUGAGCCACAGAAAGGAGAUAAACGCAGCACUAAAGAAGGAAGCAGAAUUUUUUGGAGACAUAGUCAUUCUGCCAUUUAUCGACCGGUAUGAGCUGGUGGUUCUGAAAACAGUUGCGAUAUGUCAACAUGGGGUGCAAAAUGUCACUGCAGAUUACAUCAUGAAGUGCGAUGACGACACCUUUGUGAGGCUGGAUGUAGUAUUGCAACAGAUCGCUACCUACAACAGAACCUUACCUCUGUAUCUGGGCAACCUAAAUCUCUACCAUACGCCUCAAAGACGGGGCAAAUGGGCCGUCACCUACGAGGAAUGGCCUGAACCGGCGUAUCCCCCAUAUGCCAAUGGACCUGGCUACGUUAUCUCGUCUGACAUUGCGAGAGACAUAGCAUCCCGGCAUACAAAUCACUCCCUACGGCUGUUCAAGAUGGAGGAUGUGAGCAUGGGCAUGUGGGUGGAGGACUACAGCGCGAGCACCACCGUGCAGUACAUCCACAGCUUGAGUUUCUGCCAGUUUGGCUGCGUGGAUGACUACUUCACGGCGCACUACCAGUCCCCCAGUCAGAUGCUGUGCCUCUGGGAGAAACUGUCAGCAGGGCACGCGGGCUGCUGUAACUACAGAUAACAUGAGGCUCCCGGGGGGAAUGGUGGCCUAGGUGUGACAUCCUUUCAUCACAGGGUUUUGUUGAACAGGGUAGAGGUGGACAUGAUCUUUGUUCCCUUCGCCCUGGCUUCAAUUCCAUAGAAUCGUCUGCUCGAUGACUAACAGCAAAAACCAUCAUCUCGACAUCGCAAUGUUCUUUGGUUCUUACAUUGAAGGUAUACCAGAUAUAGAUAAAGGUGUGAUCAACUGCUGCUUCAUCUUCGGUUCUUCACCGAGGUGAAUGCAGACAUGAGGAUAGGAGAGGAGAGUAGGUGUGAAUUCACAUUGGCUGCUUGUACAGGCGCCGGCCCAUUUGUAGAACUGCGAAUCUGUGCCCACUGAUUUGGUGGACUGUCUAAAAUAGUGAAAUGGAAUGGAAAUCUAUGCCCACUGAUUGUA